AUGUCUAGGAACGAGCAUCGGCCUAUGAGCAUCGAUGCCAUGCUGGACAUGGAGCGGCAGGAGGUGCUUGCCCUGCUCGAAAGCAAAAGCCAGGGAAGCGCCUCUCCCGAGAGAGAACGGAUUCGCUCUUCGUCACCCUAUGCCGCGGCACCACACUCCCCCGUCCGGAGUAUGCUGGACAUUGAGGAGGAAGACGAUAGUGUACGCACCGCGCCGGGUAAUCAAGCCCCAGUGCGAAGCAUGCUGGACGUCGACGGGCCCGUCGCGACGACACAGGCACCGGUGCGCAGCAUGCUCGAUCUCAACCGCCCAUCACCACCUGCAUCGACCCACAGGAGCGUUAGCCCCAUAUCACCUGGGACAGCCGAGCCACGGUUUUCGUCGUCGCAAUCGAUGGGAGCCCUACACCCGAGGAGUAUGUCAGAUGCCGCCAUGAAGCCAAGUAAUCUCGGAGGGCGUUCAUCGUCACGCAAUGACCGAACUUCCGAAUAUCAGUUCUCGGGCAUACUGUCACACAACACUGGCGCGCCUGGACAAGCGAAAAGGACCAGCUCGUCAGGCAAGAGGCUGUCUCACGGCAACUCUCUGGGCGAGGCCCUUCGUGGAGCCGACCUCAGCAGUCUCCAGCUUGGUGGUGAUCGUGGCCGCCAUUCGUCCAUCGGCAGCCGCCUGGGACAAUCCAAGUCUCCGCAUGGCCGGUGGGACGCUAGAUCACGCUCACCAGCCACCUUCUCAUCUAAACUAUCGUCCAAUAAGACAAUGUUGGAUGAUGGACAAACCUUGGACCUCAGCAACGCAUACCGCAGGCUGUCCGACGCCAACUUGGCCUUCAGCAGCGGGAGCCUGGCCAGUCUCCCUAUGCGCAAGCGCUCCGAUGACGCGGGCGAGGGCAGACUGGUCAAGGAUUACCUCGGACCGGAUGGCGAGCAUCUUGAAUCGAGCGACGAAGAGGAGCCGUACUCUUCCGACGACGAGGACCGCGGACGUAAGACGGCACCUAGGGCGUUGAACCCUCGCGCUCGCGGAGACAGUCGGGAUAGCAAAUCGCGGUCACCGUCAGGUCCAGCCGAGCGCAAAAGCUUGAGCUUGCUGGCUGCUGCCGAAGCAGAACGUAAGGAGGUGGCCUCGCAGCGGCCCGCUUACCAGUAUAGGUCUCUGAUCCCGGAGCCGGAGAUCAAGAUCACCAACACGUCUGGCGAUACUGUGAAGCAGUCGAAGGGCGGGAUUCACCCGCAGACAAGCUACGACCCAGCCUUGGCGUCUGGUGCGCCUUCUGUUGUCGACUCAGACGAGGAGGCCGACAUGGACGACAUCAAGCGGGCGCAGAAACUGUCGUUUUCCAUGACCAAUAUCAUGACAAGCCCGGAAUCGCAUCGUUCGAUCCGCAUCAUCUAUCGCGGAGAGUAUAACAAAAUUCUCCAGCAAGCCGAGGACGAGAGCCACCGCCUGAGAAAGUACCUCGUGGCAACGGACUUGAGCGACGAAUCUACGCAUGCGCUGGAGUGGGCCAUUGGAACAGUGUUGCGGGAUGGCGAUACCCUCAUCGCCAUAUACUGUGUGGAUGAGGAGACGGGAAUCGUGACUGGCGAGGGGUCCUUGGUGCCCGACGAACCUGGAGCGAUGAAGGAGCAGGCCGCAGCGAUCAACAGCGUCACCAACUCGAAAACAGCUCCAGCUCCUGUCAGCCCGCUUAGAGAGCUGCACAGGGCUGCGCCCUUGCACAUGCGAAACGCAUCUGGGGACACGCCGACGUCGUCGCCAGCGCCGUCUGUGAGGGGCGACCGGAAGAAGGCGGAAGAAGAACGAAUCCACGCUAUCAACGUCAUGACCAACAAGGUGGUGCGGCUGCUGCGGAAAACAAGGUUGCAGGUGCGGGUGAUUGUGGAAGUGCUUCACUGCAAGAACCCGAGACACCUCAUCACCGAGGUGAUUGACCUGGUAAACCCAACUCUUGUUGUUAUCGGCAGCCGAGGCAGGAGUGCGCUCAAAGGUGUCAUCUUGGGCUCCUUCUCCAACUACUUGGUAACAAAGAGCUCAGUACCAGUCAUGGUGGCGAGAAAGCGGCUCCGGAAGCAGAGCAAGUACAAGCAGAAAGCAGUCAAGCAAGUUAACAACCUCAGCAACCCCGCGGCGCGGAGUCUCGCGAACGCGAAGAUCGACUAG